AUGGAACUAUUGUGCGUGCGAGGUGCUGUGAGUCGUUCAAUGCAAAGUGGCACCAUAGAUAUGUUAUGCAUCCUUCUCAUUGGGAAAAAAUCUGGUACCAGUGACCUUGUGGUGGAAUUAGUAGACGAUUCGUUCUGCUGCUUUCCAACCGGAUUGACCCCAGCCAAACUAAAAGAGUUCUCGCCGUGCCACAACCAUGUUGACUGUGUUCAUGUACGGGCAGUACUUGAGCGCAUCAUCGAAUUAGGCUCAGCUGGCUCAACAGAUGAAACUAAUACUUGGAUUAAAGGAUCUAAUGGUACAAAAGUAAAUGCAAACCAGCCUUCCGUAGAGCUGAUAGCCGACUGUGUAGAAAUGAGUAGGGAUCUUAAAUGCGCUACCAUCCGUAGCCAGUUCAAUCCGCUUACUUAUGAGGAUAGGAAGGCUUUAACUUUACCACCCAGCGAUGAAGAUAUCAACUUGCUUGUGACUUAUCGUGAAGCCAAGAUUGAAACGAACAAAUACAAAGAUCGGGGUCUUAAAAUAAAUAUGGUGCCAGAGAUAGACGAUGAUUUUGAUUAA